AUGGUCCCGACACAAACGGAAUUGCAGGCAAUAGCGGCUGUUCCCGAGCUACAGGUGUAUCCUGAUUGGGUGGCAUCAGAUCAUGGCGUAUUACAGGUUCGCACAGUCAACGGGAUGUUGGAUGAAGUUGGCCAAUUUUUAGAUGCAGUUGCUGGCAACGUGAAAUUUAGUGGUGGACAAUUGGAUGACGCAUUGUGGAUGCAAGGAGCUUCGAAAGCCCUUUCCCAAGUCAUUAGAGAUGUAGAGGUUGCUGAUGCAGUGAUAGGAUCGGUGUUGAAAUGGAUUGAAACUAGUGACGGUUCAGAAGAUGUGAAGAUGUUGGGUGAAAAGGCUGAUACUAUGGCUAUCAGGCAAUUUGAGGUGAAGAAAAGAACACAUCCUAUUAAACGACGAUUAGAUGUGUUGGCUAACUUUGACGAUGUCAAUAAUAUAGUGAUUGGAAGUCUUGGUAAAGAGGUUGAUAAUUUUAUGGAAGAGUUAUCGAGUAUCCUGGCAUCUUCAGUACGAUUGUUUAGACUGGAGGAGGAUAAAGUUGAUUUUGAAUGGGAAUCAUUACUUUCCAAAAUAAAGAGGGAAUCACUGUCGACCGCUUUACAUUUACAUCUUCCGACGUUUAAUGAAGAGGAUCAGAAAAUGUAUGAAGCUUAUAUUCAAUUAGAAAUGCGGAUGAAUCCUUUGAAAAUUGCCUUGGAUGUUAUUCCCAUGAGGGUAGACCAAUUUGCAAUGAUUUCAGGUUCAUUAUACCCUGAAGCGUUAGCUGAAUUAUCCGCCAAUCAUAGCGUUUUAACCAAAAAAUGGAAUUACUUACAGCAUGAAAUGAAUCUUUUCCGCAGGUCAUAUGUGGAUUCUAAGUGGUGUCAAAUCUUUGGGUUUCUUACCGAAUCACUUUUGAAUAAAUGUAAUGAAUUAAGUGAACAUUUAAAGAUCCUGGUGGAAGUAUCCAAUGAAAUUGCAUCUUCAUACAAACUAUGUUCUCAAAGUGUCAAUAUUUUGGCUCAAAUUCUAAGUGAUAAACUUAUUACUGAUACAAGACUUAUUCGGAAAUAUAACAAUAAAGUUCUUGUUAAAUGGGAGAAGUUGAAUGAAAUAAUGUCAUAUAUAAAGCCACCUGAACUGGCAGAACGGUUAAUUCCAACAGAAAGGAAUGGGUUUAGCCUAGGUUUGGGGAUUGAAUCACCAGCUAUCCCAUUUAGUAUUGAAAAGAAAGAUCGUAUUAGAGAUAUCUUUUUGGAAGAUAUAGAUGGUUCAUUUGAAGUUGAACCUGAUAAUGAUAAUUUGAAACGUUCAUUGAAAUCAGGACUUCUACAGGAGUUCAUAGCCACCACAAACGGUAAGCUUUUAGAACUUAUUAAACAGCUUAGUGUACCUCGAUUUCCAACCCGAAUUCCCAUUAUAACUCAGGACUUUGUUCAACAAGGUUAUCCCAGAGUUAAAAAAAAACGACUUGGAGAAGCUCCUAAAUCUCGAAUACCAGCAAUAAGUCCUACACAUUCUGUUUUUGUUUCUCCACUUCGAAGCCCAUUAGUCAAUGUAAAUGAGUCGUCCAUUGAUACAAAGAGAAUACUUGAAGUGACUACACCCAAGUUAUCACAUCCAGAUAACGCAUACAAUACUCCAUCACCAGCCAUAAUAUCUUCAUCACCAGAGAGACCAGAAUCAGCCAUAGGCCAUCGUUUCAAUGAUAAGCAUCUUGUACCCCCAUUUCGACAUAAACACCUGUGGAAAUAA